UUAUUUCCAAAUAUAUAUAAAAGAAAACUCAUAGACAGGAGAGAUUAGGAUGGACUUCCUCAGAGCAAAGAUGGAGUUAAUAAUAUAUGUUACAGUAAUUGGUUUAGUUUCCUACUUCAUUAGUAAUAAUUUUGGCUUUGAAAAAGAUUGGAUAAUGGCCAAAUUUCUUGGCAUGUUUUCAUUUCAGUUUCUCAAGGAAAACCCACUACUUCUUCCUGCUGAUUCUUCUGAAUUGAAGAAAUUGGGAGCUUUGGAGUGGUACAAGUUUGUCCAUGGGCAUCUAGGAUUCAGACUUAUUAUUUGUAUUUGGUUUCAUGCUGGUAUCAUCCACUUUCUAGCAAACAUGUUAAAUUUGGUCUGUAUUAUGAUCCAAUUUCAGAAGCAACUUGGAUAUGUGAGGAUAAUCUACCUAUUGUCCGGAAUUUGUUGGAGCUUACUGUUUUCUGAUCUUUUCCUUCAACACAAGUUCUCUAUCGGUGCUUUUAGAGCUAUGUUUGGACUUUUUGGAGCAAUGUUAUAUCUCAUAUGAGGCUUCUUACUAACCAGAAUAUUUACGAGGGCUUUUCUACUUUCUUAUUAUAAGAUCUUAUUUUUUGUGGUUUAUUUUUCUUACUUAGAGGCUAUAUAUUGGUUUAUCAUUUGGUGUGGAUGUGGGCUGCAAAUCUGAUCAUAUUUACAGUAUAUUUGCCAACAAUGGAGGACUUUUAACUGGGUGGUUUCCUCCAUUUAUAGCUUUUUGUCUGGUUGGUUUUUUUUAGCGUUUGGUGAAAUAGAGAACUAAGCAUGUUGCAGGUAA